AUGCUAGAUAUAGGUUUAUUAGAACCUACAAAUAGCUCUUUGAUAAAUGUAGAGUUAGUAACUUCUGAGACAAGUAUAACAGCUAAUUUACUUACAGAAGCCAAAUUAAGUAAUGAAGAAAACAUUCAAAUCACAGCAAGAGCUAUAAUAAUAACUGAUAAUGAAAGUGAAGUCAGAAGACAUAUGUUUGAAUAUAUGCACUCAAGAUUAGCUGUUAGUAAUCAGAUUAUAGAUCUUUCUCAACAACCUGUUGUAGUUAUCACAAGUAUAAUUGGAGAGCAUAAUCAUUUAAUGCAAUCAGAUACUGCAUUAUUUACUCCAAAAUAUAGGAAGUUAUCUUCUGAGAUCUUGAAAAAAAUAAAAUUCUAUAAGUUUCAAAGACUAUUAAAUCAGCAGCAAGGUGAAGUACAACAAUUUAUUGAAUAUUUGAUGCAGUUAAAACAUCAAGAUCCUAAUUGGAUCAUCAAUAUAAUAGUAGAUCCAUAUAAUAACUAA